AUGUCUUUUGGCGGCUCCACACCGGGCAGCUAUGAUGCCCCGUUAUCGAUGCUUUCCUCGUCGCCUCGCACGUUUAGCGAGUUUGUGAAGAAAUCGCACUCAAACCUCCGUUCUUUGCACCAGCUCGCGCCGUUGGCGGAAUCCACCACAUCGGUGUCUCAGGUCUCUGCGUUUUCCGGCAUCAAGUCGCUCACACCGUCAUCCAGCUUGGUCAUCCCACGCUCCGCAUCCUUUCUCCAGAAGCCGUACGCCAUCUCUGCCGGCAGUCUUGCGGCGUUCAACUUUGACAAAAACAUUGUGAACUUGCCCGGCCACAUUCUCUCCGAUAUCUGCUUCUACUUGUAUAAUGACACCCAGGACGCCAUUAACUUCGGCCGCACGUGCAAGACGCUAAACGACGUGGCCAACAAGCAACUCUACAUGAACAUCAUGAUUGUCAACGACAAUGCCUCGCAGAAGAUCUACAACAAAAAGUACACAAAGCAGUACACAGUAUUGUUCAAGUCCAAACUCCCCGACCUUGUGCGCACGUUGAAGUUGAACCCGAGAUUACCGCAGUUCUAUGUGGAAGAAAUCGUGAUUUCCACCACCUCCGACGCCAACGGCACCGGCGGCAACACCUUUGAGCCGUUGUACAAGGUGCUCAUGAAGUCGCAGUCAUUGGUCAAGUGCGACAACUUGGACUACAACAACUCCAAGAUCUACUACAAUUUUAUCGACUACAACAAGACCAACUACAUUCAGGGAAAUUUCCGUAACAUCCAUCACGAGGAGGUGGAUGAGAUGGAAUAUGAUGAGGUUAGAUUGAGAAGAAGCCGCAGCAUGAGGAGACGCUCGGGCACCAUGCUUUCGAGCUCGCCGUACCUCUCGCGGAGCAGCGGCGGCGGCAUCUCGUCCACCUCCUUGUUCUUGUUUGACAAGUCUAUCAUGCCGUUGCGCGAGUUCCAGUUGUUAAAUUGGAAUGACAUCAACAUCUUGAACCCGGCCACCACCAAGUCUUUGAAGAUCUACGUCCCAAGACAGAACAUUUUCUCGACAUUGGGGGUGGAAAACUUCAAGGUAUCCCGCAACGGGAUCCAGGUGUUGGAAAGAUUAAACGAGUUGCAUUUGAACGCCACCACCACCACAUACCAGUUUCUAAACCACGUGUCGGAGUUGGUGGCCAGGGGCGCGAUGGACCGUAUGCAGCUCCUCACGUUGUCUGUGACCAACACCCACCGCUACAAGAUCAUCGACCGCGACAACGUCCAGGACACCAAGUUGCUGUUCCACAAGUUGAAUUCCGCCAUUGACAUGACUUCCCCAUGGUUGAAGAACUUGGAAUUGAAGAUGAACUGCGACGACAUGAACUGCCAGCUGUGCUUCAGCGAUGCCUUCUUCAAGCAGUGGUUGGAGGCAGUGACUCCCCUGGUCACGCUCUCGGAAUCCCUUAGUGGGAAGAGACGCAAGUUCCAGCCAAGUAUCGCCAACGUUGAAAAGCUCGUGAUUGUGAACAACAAGAAUAACAGCUCACACCAGUGGUGCGACUUCAUCACCGACUACUUGCCGUUCUUCCUGAACUUGAGAAGCUUCUAUGUUAAUUUGAACGAUUUUACAAAGUUGCCAAACUCGUCCAACCCACACAUGUUACACAGCGACCAGGUUGUGGCCCCUGACGCCGAUCUUCAUGAUCGUACCGUGCGUAUGUUCAACGCAAUCUUGCGCUUGAAGUCCUUGCAGGAGUUGAUCAUCCCCGACUUCUUCUACAACUGGGUACCGUACAUGACGGCCCCAGAGGGCGAGCGCGACCCGCAAGCCUUGCUCAAGUCCGAAAACUUUGUCGCCAGAUUGAACAAGUGCCGCUGUGACAGCUGCGACGCCGGCCGGGCAACGUUCGCUGAGCUUGCCAAGUUUGACUACUUCAAGGACUUUAAGAACUUGAAUAUGCAGAUGGAAGAUGAGGAUAGCCUUCCUGGUUCGCUUAAGUUGUCGUACGAACACUACUGUUAUGCAAACUACAUCUUGACCUCCUUGAAGUCGCGGAUUCCGUUGAAAAACAUCUUCACCAUCACCACGUUACUCGACUACAUGAAGGUGCAGCCGUUGAACGACUUUGAGAAAAAGCAUCGUCAAAUCCUUCGUUUCGAGUCCACCACAAUCAAUGCCGAUGCUAGCGCCAUUACCGGCGAGUCGCAAGAGGCCAAGGUAAACAAGGUGAUUUCAUUGUUGAUCCACGCCAUCCGUCCGGAGAUUUCCCAGCUAGUAAAGAGCCAGUCUCGGUUGGAAACUAUCGUCGCUGGCGGUAUUCAUACGACGUUUGACAGAGCCAGUGGGAGCAUCGGCGUUUCUGGGGUCUACGACGUGUUCAGCGACUCGAUCGUCAUUUAA